CGCAGAUCUCAAGGGCAUGAAAGUGGGCAUGAUAAAAGAAGGAUUCGCCAAGUGUGACAGCGUUGUCGAGUCCACCAUUCGUUGUGCCAUGCAAAAUUUUGAGGAAGCCGGUGCCACAGUGGAGGAGACUAGCAUCGGUAUGCAUAUCACCGGUGAACGCUUUGUGGUACCUAUCUUACAUGAAGGCACUUAUGAAACCAUUGUGAAUCUAACAUCUAUUUUUGGGUUUCCUGGAAUUUACCCAACUGCCAUGGAACAGGCCGCGGCUCGCGGAAUGAGGACACACCUCAAUGAUGUAUCUCAUACGCUCAAGGGAGUGACCUUGGUCGGAGCAUACACCAAACGGCGUUACAACCACGUCCACUAUGCUAAAGCCAUGAACUGCGCACGACUGCUGCGGAAGGCCUAUGACGACGCUCUUGCCAAGUAUGACGUACUCGUCCUGCCCACUAUGCCUUUUUUGCCAACAAAGCUGCUAGAAAAAGGAUGCAGCGUCAAAGAAACUUUAAAACAAGUCCAAGAGAUGCUUAUUGGCAAACCACAGUUCAAUAUCACACACCACCCAGCCCUUAGCAUUAACGCUGGCUUUGCAAAUGGGCUUCCGGUUGGCCUAAUGAUUGUCGGGAAGCAUUUCGAUGAGGUCACAGUGCUCAAGGCUGCGUACGGCUUCGAGAAAAAGCGAGAUGAGAAGUGAUGGCGGUGUUCUCUCAAGCUCUUUUAAGUUUGUGGAUUGUAACGUUUACAACAGUUAUAGAUAUUCCCCUCAGUAAAAAGACAGUUUGAAAUGCUCAUACAUUUGCAUAUUAAAUCGAGGGUAUUGGGGAUCUGGUCUGAUCUGCUUACAGGCAAUUCAAGUAUAUGAAAAUGGGUCAUGUACCUCUCUCGCGGCUUUUACGCGGGC